AGCUUAGCUCGCUUCGUUUUCACAUGAUAGAUCAAGAAGUACAUGACCUGCAUCUUCAGCGACACUAGUAGAAAUGUCUCAUUGUGGUAUGGCUUUUCGUGAAAAGCAGAAGAGGCAACUUCUCGGUUUCAUUUGCUUUCACAGACAAGAUUGCUGCUUCCUAUUGUGAAAUCGUUUUUACUUGUCUCGCUCCCACUUGAAUACAGUAGAAGUAAAUCAAGUAGAAGAAAAUGGCCGACGAGGGCGAUGUUCUCAUCAAGCAAGAACAGCAGGAGGAUGGCGACGAGGACGAAGAAGAAGAAGUAAAGCACCGGUUUGAGUGCAAAUUCAAGGACCAGUUCCUCUUCAAGACGCUUGUGAAUUGCGCACAGAGCAUACAAGACAAGAAAAACGACUCCGACGUUCAAAAACUCACCCUGAAAGUAACAAAAAAACGGCUGAGUUACAUCGGGAUAGAUGCAAACCACGUAAGUGCAUUGGAUUUGCUGUGAUGAAGAGAGUGAUAAGAUACUAUGCCCGUUUUUAACCGUGUUGUCGGGGUCGGGCUCGGGCGCCUUCAUGUUUGCUCUCAUUCCCACACAGCGUCUGAGGCCGAGGCCGAGCAUACCAUUCACUGCUAUUUUCAAGAUUGCACAAUGUGCGAUGUUGCGCUGGAGACUCAGGAAAUCAUAGACAUAGAUGCGAUGGACAGAUGGAUGAUUGAAAGUUGGCCAUGAAUUUACACGGCUUGAUCUACUUGCUUUACCACAGGUGUCGCUCGUGCAAUGGUCGCUGGAAGCCGACAAGGCUUUCGACCUGUACGAUGUGGAGACCACAAACAAGCCCGCGGAAGGUGAGGAAAGCGGCGAAUUCACUUUCUCUGUCGACUUGCAGCUUAUCAACAAAGUGCUCAAGAUCUGCAAGACAAGAGAUGUACCAUUUUUCUAUGUUUUGUGAUGUCCCUGACUUUCUUUGUGUAUCGUAUGUUUUUGUUUAGUAGAGACGAUUUUGGUCGAUGUUUGUUGCACAUAGCUAGACAUUCUCAUCAUGGAAAGUAAAGUGAAAACAAAAAACGAAAGCCUGCCACAAUUACACAACCAUUGCGUUUACUGUAUCAGAUAAUCUAUCUGCUGUAUGAUACGGAAGUCGACCGCGAAACGCUGUCGAUUGCGCUGCUAGAUCCACGGGGAGAAAGAAUACAAGAGGGAAUCGACGCUGCCAACGAAGCAAACGGUGCGGCAGGAGCGCCGAAGAGCAAGAAAAAGCAAGAGGCAAGCAGCGGUUUCAAGCUGAACGAAUUCAAAAUUAGGAUACUACCAGUCGGGAACGAGUCAGCGCUCGAAAUACCGCCCAAGAAAGACGACGCGACAAGGCUCCAGAUGCCGGUCGCAAGCUUCCGAUAUGUCCAAGACACCUUGCACGAACUAGCGAACCGUGAGAUCCUGAUGUUCUUAUUUGUACGAAAAGCAAAAGUGUUGAUGUUGAAUGACCAGCACCAGGGAGAAUUUUGUUGGGCCAGCCGCUACUUUGCGUUCUUCUUUUUCAUUUUUUUUCGGAUAGGUCAAAUCCUCACCCAGAUCAUGGAUGAUUAAAUGCAAAACUUGCACAACAGCCGACCAGAAAAAGUCGAAGGUUUACGUCCAGUGUUAUCAAAAUGAAAAAUCCCCCCUCUCCAUACCGAAAGAGAGAUUUGUGUAGCAUGAUUUGUGGCCACAAAUCACGUUGUCAUGCUAGAAGGGAAGAGAUGCGGAUUGUAGUGCUGGCUGGCGUAGGAAAGCCUUGCGCCUUCUGCAUGACAGAAAGCAACUGGAAACCGAAAACAGCAUGACCAAUUGCCUGCAAACGAGGGAGCAGCUUCGUCUCUUGGCCUUCUAGCAAUACAAAUCGAUUUGUGUACUCAAAUACAGCAACUGACCGCUCCACCUCCCCUAAGUGUGAUCAUUGCCGCCUCACGCCUCAAAUACAGCAACACAAAUUUCGUUUUGGAUAUUUAUGGGGAGAGGGGAUUUUUCCUCACAAUAAGUGCCCCACUGAGGACUUCACGGACAUGAAAGACGGCACUUCGAAUAUCAGAAUGAAAAAUGCCCCCACCCCCGAACUUGAAAGUAUUUGUAUUGCAAACCUUUCCAAAUGAAACAUUCGCCCUCUUGCAUGUAUCAGCAUCACAGAUUUCCGAUCGUGAAUAGCAAAAAUUUGUAUUGCAAAAGAUCCCAGGAAGAGCGGUGCUUGUCAUGCAAGCGAUGCGAAACACGACUAGACUCUGCAUCAGAAAGAUUCAUACUCCUUUCAUGCAUGACAAAAAGUUUUCAUUUGGAAACUGCGCAUCACAAAUAUUUGCAAUUUCAGGGGUGGGGGGCACUUUUCACUGUAAUAUCGAAACCAGUGGACAUGAUACGGUUUGGCUCCGAGAACGCAACCGGUGGCAUGAGUGUGGACUUCAUCGUUGCUGGAACGUUAGAGCAGCAGCUCGAAAUACCUAAUCAAGACCAAGUAUUCCUUAACAGGAAAGAGGGUUUCGACAGCAAAGAGAAAUGCCGCUUCAGAAAUGGUACAUAUCCAACCAUCAGCAUGUCUUUUUUAUUUUCCUCAGGUUCUGUCGUGUCAUUCAGUGUUUUGUGGAUUUUAUGAGCCAAAAAGUUGAAACUAUUUUUUUUACAUUUUUUAGUGGCGAAAAUGAAGUAACCAAAAUUCUCCUUACGACAGAAUCGAUCAUCAUGGUUGGUUCGGGGCUCCCUGUUGCCGAGACCGUGCUGAUAUUUCUCAGUCGGGAGUACCCGCUGAUCUUUACGCUGCCGCUGCAGCACGAAUGUGGUGAGUUGAACUUCGUUGUAUCACCAACGUUAGAGAACAGCGACGACGCCGACGAGGGGGUGCCAGGAGAUGGCGACGCUGCAGACGAAGACAUUUUCGCCGAAGAACCGGCGGAGGAGGAUGAAUUUUCUGACGGCUGAAAUGGAAAUUCGAAGCUACUACGCGUACGCAGCCCUUAUAAAAAAGAAAUACUUGUUACACAAAUGCCCGUGAUGCCUACUCACGUAAGCGGCACCAUCUACGUCACGACUUUAGUUUAUUCGAGUUCCGAAAACGCCCCUGAAUUCCGGAUGAAAAAUAAGAAACAGGUUUAUGCAUCAUGAUGUCUUUAACGAAGACUUUGAGUCUCAGUGUGUUUUAGUGGGUACUGUACUAACAAACUAUGGUUCUUGUGCCUCCAGC